AUGAUAUUGCUUCGACAAUUGAGAUCAUCAUCUCUUCUACCCAAAAGAAUCAUCAGUUUAAACCAACUGAGAUCAUUUUUUGGAGGACUGCAACCGCAGGAAUACACCAUCAGGAAAAAGAUCAAUCAGCCUUCUGAUAUUUUUUUUAAAGUAGUAUCAGGGGUGGAUCAGUAUCACAAGUUUGUUCCCUAUUGCACAGAAUCAUUCGUUACUCGUUAUGACCAAUCUGAUCUCCCGGCCGAAGGAGGUUUAAAAGUUGGGUUCAAGGAGUUUAAUGAAAAAUUUGUAUGUCGAAUUAAAUGCGAAAAUAACCAAGAUGAACCUAAAUUGGUAGAGGCGGAAUCAUUGUCAGAUAACUUGUUCGAUCACCUAAAAAUGAAGUGGUAUAUAGAGGAGGAUCCGAAGAGGCCAAGUGCCACAAAGAUGAUUCUACAUUUGAAUUAUAAGUUCUCAAACCCAUUGUACAACACUGUGAGUGCCUUAUUUGCAGAAAAUAUAACCAAGAUCAUGAUCAAAGCAUUUACCAAAAGAGCUAUUGAAAUCAAAACGGAGCAACAAAAACAAAAACAAUAA